AUGUCAAUCGCGCCCGCCAGUUCUAAGCGAAGAUGGAUGAAUCCUCGCCGUUGGUUUCGACACGAGGCAUCAACGUACAAGGGUGCCAUCGCUAACACCUCUUGCUCUUCUUCCUCCCAGACUGUAGGGUCUCAUCAACCGCAGAAAACUCCCUCCUUCAAGAGUGCAGAAGAAGGGGAAUCGACGCAGCAUGCAGUGGAGGACCGUGCGGAUUCGGGCUCACGAGUGAACAAGCCCAUGUCCGUAGCCAAGAAUACUUUCAUUGAAACCUUGGAUUUGCUCGUCAGGUUCUCCGAUGGCAUGUCUAUACCCAUCAAAGGACCUCUCUCGCUCGUCCAGGGUCUGGUAACGCAGGCUAAACGUAUAGGUGCCAACAGGGAGUCGUUGAAUGAGUUGCAAAGGCAUUGCCAUAGCUUGGCAACUAUAAUCAAGAGCGGCUUGAGCGAAGUGAACGAGUCAGUGCUGCCGGAGCCCUUGAGCAACAUGCUGGAAAGGCUAUCAAAAGAGAUGUCUGCAGCACUGGACCAAAUGGGCAUCACAGACACGAGCCUUAUUUUGGCGUUUGUAAAUGCCCGUGAAGUAGAAGAGCUAAUCGUGACAAUCGAUCGGAUAAUUCAAAGGUCUAUCGCGAAGUUUUUGGUCGCCAUUGGUGUCCACGACAGCAUCCGGCUCUCCAAAGUCGACCUGAAGAUACGGCGAGUCUACUACGACGACGUGCAAAGGCGCCUCAUGGAACGCAUCGUCAGCGAGGCAAUUUACGAUGGCCUGGAUCGUGACCAGCCGAUGGCACAGUGCAAGGAGGGCACUCGCAAGCAUCUACUGGCGCUCUUCGCGGACCGAAUCAACAACUUCAAUGGGAAGCGAUGCGAGGUGAUAUGCGUCACUGGCGCAGCUGGAUCAGGGAAAACAGCGAUCAUGCGUACGACAGCCAAACGGGCGGAUGUCGAGGGGAAGCUUGCAGCGAGUUUCUUCUUCUGGGCGAACUCGAAUACUCGAAACACCUAUCGCAGCCUUGUAACCACGCUGGCGUAUGGGCUCGUCGUCAACGUUCCUCCCCUCCGGUCUUUCAUCCUGGACGCCUUUGCCAAGGACGAAUCCAUUGCCGGUGGAAGGAGCUUGGAGAAGCAGUUCAGGUCGCUGAUUCUGGAGCCAGUGCAGAGAGCGAUGGAGCUCGGACUGCUCCAUGAAGAUUGGCCCAAGCUCAUCAGCAUCGACGGCUUGGACGAAUGCAAGGGUGAAGAGGAGCAACGCGAGAUUGUCCAAACCAUCGAUGUCGUCUUCCUUGAUCCCAAAGUCAACUUCCCCUUCCUCAUCUCCUUCUCAAGUAGGCCCGAAGCACCUGCUCGAUUCGCGCUCGAGCAUCUCUUCGCGGGCCACCUCGAGCACAUCAAUCUAAACAACGAGAAGUACAGCGCAACAGCGGACAUUAUGCAGUUCCUUGUGGAUGAAUUCGCAAGAAUCCGUCGCGAGCACGCAAUGGGGCGCCUGCUACCUGCUGUCUGGCCUUCGUUGAGAGAUCUCGAGCGACUUGUGGACAAUUCCUCUGCACAGUUCAUCUACGUGGCCACUAUCAUCAAGUUCAUUGGUGAACUACGAGCUGAUCAGGCUAGCCGACUGAAGAUGGUUCUGGAAUGGGUCCCAUCGUCUUCAGGGACCAGGAACCCGUUCCAGUCCUUGGACGACCUGUAUACAACGAUCUUGCUCAAGGCUCAGACGGAGUACGAGAAGAAUUGCGACGAUGUCGACGUAGACCCGCAGGCCGUUGUCAAGCUGCUUCGCUGGGUCGUUUCACUCAAAUGGGUCGAAUUUGAUAGCGGCAUUGAGCCAUACGAGUCGGCUCUCCUCCUCAAAGCUGGAACCAUCGAGAAGACGUUCUACGAUAUCCACUCCCUCAUCGAUGUCAAAACGCUGCAGCUCUAUCACAAAUCACUUACCGAUUUCCUCUCGGACGCAGCCAGAUGCCCCCCGCAGCUGUUCAUCCCGGUUCACUCCAUCGUCAAUCGGUUGGCACAUUGCGCGAUUGCUUCAUUCGAUCGUGUGCUGAUGGCGAAGACGCGAGCUACCUCUUUCGACGAGAGAUGCUUUGCGACUAUCAGUGAUUUUGUAGCUCAUUUCGAGGGGUAUUUCGAGCUUUCGUUCGAAGACCUGAUCGAUUACUCGCUCUAUGUGCCAAGCGCUCUGCUAUAUUUCUUCGACCGCAUACCACCUCAGGUGGGGGAGCAAAUCAAGCGAGGCGAGCUUGACAAGUCGUACUCGGCGCUGUUGAAACGAAUUGUUAAAGUGAAGAAAAGUUUCUUCAAAGACAAUUGGCACCCACAAGGACCGCAUGUCACCUCACCACCUCUGAUAAUGGACCCUAACGAGGAUGAAGAUAUGGUUCCAGGCUUCCUAACGUAG